UGUACGGAGAAAUGAAAUACAAACACAUUACUAAUGAUACAGAAAAUACAUUUUUAUAUCGACUGUUGUUGUUAUUCGCUUUGACAGCAAUUUCCUGUGUGCGGUAAGCAUUCGACGCACUUCUUGUGUAUAAAAAGCGAUUCACUAGUCGACACCAAGUCAUUACAGUUUCAAUUGGAUUGAACAAGCAUUUAGAAUAAACAUUAAAGUUAAAAAUGAAGUCAAUUUUAUUUGUUGCUUUGAUUGCUCUUGCAAUUUCAAGCUCAUUUGCCGUUAAAAUCAAGGGUUCGUGUCCAAAACCAGAAAAACCCAAAGUUGAUUAUUGGUACUUUUCAAAUUUCGUACGUACAUGGAAUGUUUACGGUCGCAGCGAUGAAACUAUUCCAAAAACAGUUCAUAAUACGAUUGAUAUUUUCAACCUUUAUCCUGGAAAAGUUGCCAUUAUCGAAAAGGCUGAUACUCGAGACAGCAAUAUAAGAUCACAAUGGGACAAAUACAUGGACAUUAACAUUGGAGAUUUCGAUGGUAAAUCAUAUUAUAAGGUUUAUAACGCUACAUACGAUCCUUAUUCAUUCAACAUCACUACAUCAGAUGGUCAUCGAGGUCAAUUCUGGAUGCCUUAUCUCGAUAAAAAAACAAGUAAUACAGCCGUCUUAGCAAGUUGUGUUAAAAUUGAUGCUUCAACUGUUGAUGUCAAAGUUUGGUUCGUCGCAAAGAAUGGAGCAACGACAGUUACCCAAGAAAUUAAGGACAUUGUUAAAUCAUUGACUGGACAAGAAUUAAAAUCUGUCUGUCAAGGAAGCUUCUGUUGAUCGAUUUAACUGUUGUACUGGAAAACAAUUCUGUCCAAUUUCAUUAUAUCUAAGGUUGUAAUCAACU